CCGAGCACCGCGGUCCGGACGCUCGUCUUCCGCUCCGAGCGGGCGAGCCCCGGCGUGGAGUGGCUCUGUGCGACUUGGGAAGCGCGUGGGGAGGCGGUGGGGCGCGGAACCCAGCCCUCGUGGAGCGUGGCUCGCGUGGAUGGCUCUGCCGGGGCCACGCGUGCGCAGUGGCGGGAGUGGUCGGGCCUGAAGUUCGGGGAUGGCGGCGCUACUGCGGCCUCGGCCCUCCCCGACGGCCUGACUCCACGGGAGCUCCCUUCAGCUCUAUUUCUCGGGAAAAAGUGAACCGGGGAGUGGGUCAGAGUCGAACAAUGAGAAAAUUGUAUGAGAACUAAGGGAGUAUCAGACAUGGGUGUUCAGGCGUUUCGUGGAGGUUGGCCGAGUGGCCUACAUCUCCUUUGGGCCCCAUGCUGGAAAGCUGGUCGCAAUCGUAGAUGUUAUUGAUCAAAACAGGGCUUUAGUGGAUGGACCCUGCACCCGGGUGAGGAGACAGGCCAUGCCUUUCAAAUGCAUGCAGCUCACUGACUUCAUCCUCAAGUUCCCACACAGUGCGCGCCAGAAGUAUGUACGGAAAGCUUGGGAGAAGGCAGACAUCAAUACAAAGUGGGCCGCCACACGAUGGGCCAAGAAAAUUGAUGCCAGAGAAAGGAAAGCCAAGAUGACAGAUUUUGAUCGGUUCAAAGUCAUGAAGGCAAAGAAAAUGAGGAACAGAAUAAUCAAGACUGAAGUGAAGAAACUCCAGAGAGCUGCUCUCCUGAAAGCUUCUCCUAAAAAAGCUGCUGUUGCUAAGGCUGCCAUUGCGGCCGCUGCAGCAGCUAAAGCCAAGGUCCCAGCCAAGAAGGCAACAGGACCAGGCCAGAAGGCCGCAGGCCAGAAGGCCGCAGGCCAGAAGGCCUCUGCACAGAAGGCUGCAGGCCAGAAGGCAGCGCCCCCUGCUAAAGGUCAGAAGGGUCAGAAGACCCCGGCCCAGAAGGCACCUGCUCCAAAGGCAGCUGGCAAGAAAGCAUGAGGAGGCUACACAAAGAAUAAAGGUUCUUUUUGACUGA